AACACGGAUUAGACACACGCAGUUUCCCUUAAUGCAAUUAUGUCUGCGUGCAACCUGUGAUAGUGAAAGACUGAUUUAGUGUUUUGUCUAGGACUUUUGUGUUGAGAGCAGCUGAUCAAAAGCAUUAAUGGCGGUAUCGACAUUAAACAUGACUCCGUAUUUUACAGGAUACUCUUUUCAAGGGCAAGGUCGUAUGAAUCAACUUGGGGGUGUGUUCAUCAACGGUCGUCCGCUGCCGAACCACAUCCGCCUGAAGAUCGUGGAGAUGGCGGCGGCGGGGGUCCGGCCUUGCGUCAUCUCGCGGCAGCUCAGGGUCUCCCAUGGCUGCGUCUCCAAGAUCCUCAAUAGAUACCAGGAAACCGGUUCCAUCCGCCCUGGAGUCAUUGGAGGAUCUAAACCCAGAGUGGCGACGCCUGAAGUAGAAAACAGGAUUGAAGAAUUGAAGAGACAAAACCCAGGUAUAUUUUCCUGGGAAAUUAGAGAUAAACUUAUAAAGGAAGGCAUCUGUGAUAAAAACACAGCACCGUCAGUCAGUUCCAUUUCGAGAUUAAUAAGAGGAGGCAAACGGGAUGAGUCAGAUCCUAGAAGAAAUCACAGCAUCGAUGGUAUAUUAGGUCCAUCAUCAUGUGAAGAUUCAGAUACUGAAUCCGAGCCGGGCAUCACUCUUAAACGGAAACAGCGGAGAUCAAGAACUACCUUUUCUGGAGAUCAGCUCGAAGCCUUAGAACGUGCCUUCACUAGAACUCAGUAUCCCGAUGUUUACACUAGAGAAGAACUGGCACAAAAGACCAAGCUGACGGAAGCGAGGGUUCAGGUCUGGUUCUCAAACCGAAGAGCUCGGCUAAGAAAACAGCUUAACUCCCAACAACUUAGUGCAUUUAACACUAUGUCGUUGCAAUCUGCAUUUCCAUCUGUGCAUCAACAGUAUGAGCCUCCAACAACCUUUAACGCUCAAUGCGCUUCUUGGCAGCAAUCUUACUCAUCAGCACUUGGAUCCAGUUCAGUUUUGAACUCGGCCUUAGCACCAUCACUUCAUCAAUCUGCUCUUACACCCCCUUCAGUAUGUCAGUCUGCAUUGACAGCACCGUCGCUGCAUCCGCCUUCAUCAAGCUCCUUUGCGAGUGGAAACUUGACUCCUCUUUCGCAUUCUUCGGAAUUAACAACUCCUUUGCAACCCACUGCAGAUACUCCCCCCAGUUCGAGUCCAACUGCUGCCAGUCCGUCAACAAACCAAAGUAGUGCAAUCACUUACCAGCACUCCACAUAUCCCAACCCCAGUGAAGCUGUUUCCCACGCAUACGGGUACGGGGACUACUCCAAGCAAGAACACGCCAUGUCUGCCCACAACCACUGGACCUCGAGACAACUAAGCGGUCACCCCCAAAACAAAUUGGCAGAAGUCAGUGCCUGGCCGGAAAAUUAUAGUUCGUUCUUCGGCACCAACCCUUCCCACUACGCGUCUCAUGCGCACUCGCCCACAGAAGCUAAGUCUGGAUAUCCUUAUUUAGGUCAACUAGGCGGUAUGGAUAUGGGUAGAGUACAUUAGACUGGUUAGCGCUAUUAAACGCUGCAAUAAAAUUUAAUAAAAAAAGAGCUGAAUUUUUGCUUUAAACAAAUUCAUCAAUUGUACAUAUGAAGAUAUUUUAAAUGUAUUUUGAUCCAAUGGUUUGAAAUUAACAUAUCCUGAGUGCCUUUUUGCGUAAUUAAUGUGAAUGUUUGUAUAUAAUGUAAAUCAGUAGAAAAUUAAUAUUUUUUUACUAUAUGUAAAGUGUAAAGAUACAAAAUAUAACUAGUUAGUACUUUAGAUAUUAAUACUUAUGUAUUUUCGGAUCUGGUCCAAUUUAUAUGGCUAAAUUUACACAUCACUCUAUUAAAAAUAGGUGAUCAAAGCAAAUAUGAAUUAUUUAUAUGGAGGCAUGGGUUUACAUAUCCGUCACUUUACAAAAGUUGGAGAAUAAAUUGAUCCAAAUUGGCGACUAUCUGCGCAGACACCAUCAAGUCACUUGAUUGAUAUAAAUGUGCACUGCAAAUAGGUAAAAUAACAUGCCUCUUUAAAGACAUGUAAAUAGAAAAUGUAAGAUUUGUUGUAACAUAAUUCAAGUUAUACAUGAGAGUGUGUGUACUUGUAUGUAUGUUAAAUUGUAUUUAGAGAUGUAUCUAAUGGCAGAAAUUAAUUUAAAUGUUAACUAUAUUGUUUAUAGUUCCUGAUAUGCACUUGUGUAAGUAGUUAUCAUAUUGUAAGGUUACACUAUAAUUUGGAUAAGAUUUAUUAAUUUAAGAUAAUAAUUGUUGUUAAACAAUUAUUAUUUUUACUAAAUAUAAUUGUUGUUGAAAGAGUGUAAGGGGCCAAAACCGGGCAGGUUAAAAUGCGUGAUGCACAGAAAGGCACAGGUUCAAAUCUCACCUCCACCCAAAUCUCUGUCACCAGGCCAUGUAAAUGACCAUUUUCAGAGUUAUUUAGUACAUUAGUUUGAAUAUAAAACCGAUGCUCUUACGGUGAGGGAAGACAUCGUGAGGAAACCUCCACAUUCAGGCAACUGGAUGUGUAACCAUGGAUCCAAUACAGAUUAGGUUUACCUGCAAAGGUUGCGGAGGUCAGAUGGGUGUCGCUUCGUGUCAAAACCUGACUCACCCAAUCCAGGAUCCAUGUUCAAAGGUAUACCCCGGGCUUCUCCGCAGAGAGGUGAGAAUGCAACCAAAUAAUUGUUGUUAAAUUUAGUUUUAUAAGUGGUUGAAAUUUAUAUUGAGACAAACUAUCAAGCUAUAUUAAAAGUGUUAAUGCCUUCACUUAUGUAUGGGAGUGAAAGUAGAGUGAACGAAAAUUUGAAAUGAGAGCUUUAAGUAUGAGUGUUGUUAGUUUUAAAGAUCGAAUUAGAGAUAUAUUAUCGAUGUAAGAAAAAUAUGUAGAGUUAACGAGGAUGUGGUGACGAAAAUUUAAAGAGUUUAAAUUAAAAGAUGUUUGGACAUGUCGAGAGAAUGGAUGAGGACGGAGUAACGAAAAAAUAUUAUAAUGAAGAGCUGACUGUAAAAGUGGGACAAGGCCUGCCUCAUCGAACUUUCAAGGACCAAAUUUCGAAUCGAGUAAGAGUAUCUGUAAUCGUCGACUAUGAAAAAAAAAAUAAUAAUAAAGGUUUGUAGCAAGUGGAAAUCCAUAGCCUCUGCUUACCUCAAUGGGAGGCAGGCGUGAUGGUAUGUACGAGUAUGUAUGUAUGUUUGUAUGUAGAAAAUAUUAAAAAUACUUAUAAUAUUUUUAAAGAAUAAGGUCCAGUUAUCAUCAUUUACGUACUAAAUCAAAAGAGCCUUUAAAUGCCUUGUAAGGAAAUGUGAUCUUAUUAUAUGUAUAACCGAAAGUAUUUAUU